AGUUUUUAAAAAUAAAAUAAAAAUGUCCUUGCAAAAUUUAUUAUCUAAAUUAUGGACCGUUCGCCAGUAAUUGUCUGUGACCGACGACGUGGAAGGUUUUCCUGAACCGGGAAGAGUGCAAUGUGGAUAUGUGGUUGUCGAACAGCAAAUUGCAAUGGAUAGCGUGAAUGUAGAGGAUAAUUCCUAUGCUAUCCAAACUGGCAAAAAUCCUACCAAAUAAAAAAACAGUAAUCGAAGACAUAGGCUCCGUUUAGCACCUCAUUCAAUUAUGUGGGUAUGUUUUAGAAAUUGCUGUGGUGGCCUCUGAUGAAUUUCCUGACUGGUUAAGUUUUUGGAGCAAUUUCUGUCUAUUGCAACGUAAGCCUUUUGUGGAGGUUGAAAUUGAGCAUACUACCACCAUGAAGCUUCAAGAUGAGGGUGCUGUAAUGUUGUUUUCAAAAUCUAGAAAACGAAAUGGAGAUAUGGUAGCUGACGGCCAGCUGUUUGAGAGAGUGGAAGAGAUGAUCAUUCAGACCCCUCCUCCGCCAUCCAGGAGGAGGCAGAGGUCUCCUCCUCUUGAUAAUGGCGGAGCUAUUCUGGACAAUGGCGGAGGAGAAGAUCUUCAGUUAUCGGAGAGGAGAAGGGCACUAUUUGACCCUCUGGGUCCAACAAAAGGCACUGACAAUAGCAAUCUGCUUCCUCCACCUGACUUUGAUGCUGCAACAUAUCCUAAAGGGUGGGUUGUGGGAAAGAAGAGAAAACUUGUAAAUGUAGAUGUGGUGGAGAGUAUGCGCCGCAUUGCUAUUCAAGAAAUGAAUAGAAAGGACAGGGAAAUAAAUGGAUUGAAUGAACAGUUAGAAGAGGAUUCUCGCUCUCUAGAGCAUCUUCAAUUGCGCCUUCAGCAAGAACGCAACAAAAGAAUGGAGGUCGAGAGGGAGAAUGCUACACUAAAAGAUCAGAUAUCAAUGUUGAAUGAAAUGCUUGAACAAGAUGAGGAUGCAGAAAAUAUUGAUGACUAGUCAAUAUUUGAGAGUUUUUUCUUAAAACUAUUCUUUACAAAAUUCUUUUAAGGUUUUCCAUUAAAAUCAGGUAAAUUUUCUGUCUGUUUAGCAAAGAGAUCGAUUCUGGGUGUACCCUCAUUCUUUUAGAGGCCAAAGGUAGCAUGUAAGUACAUAUUUUAAGAUAAUAGAUUUGUACAGUAUUGGGAUUUCUGUCACUGGUGAAGUAGAGAUAAUGGGGAAAAUUUGGGCUUUUCUCGAUCUUGGUCAGUAUAUGGUGCGAGCCACAAUAAACACUUGCUCCUUGCAAUCCGGAUUUGACUUUCUGAUAUGUGAAAGUUGUUAAUCUUCUGAAUAUUAAAUAUGGUACAAAUGAAUAAUUUAAUGUCAAGCUAGCCUUUUCCAUUUA